ACAUGCUGCGGCGCCUGGUGAAGGACUGUGGCCCCAGCAGCUGGUCCACGGUGGCUCUGCACUUCAGGGGUCACAGGUCAGAGCUACAGUGUCAAAGACGCUGGGAGCAGCUGGUGAACCCGGAGCUGGUCAAAGGGCCGUGGAGUCAGGAGGAGGACCAACGGGUUCUGGAGCUGGUCCAGAAGUACGGCCUGAAGCGCUGGUCGCUCAUCGCCAAGCACCAUCACACCCGCAACGGGAAGCAGUGCCGCGAGCGUUGGCACAACCACCUGAACCCGGAGGUGAAGAAGGGCAGCUGGACUGCUGAGGAGGACCGGGUCAUCUGCCAGGCGCACAGAGUGCUGGGGAACCGCUGGGCCGACAUCUCCAAGCUUCUGCCUGGCAGGUUGGUGAACAGG